UGCGAUUAGACAGGAAGUUUAACGGACAGAAAAUGUAACGGACAGGAUGUGACGUAAUUUCUACUGGCAGGAACGAAGCAAGCGUUUUUAUUUUUGUUUGUAGCGGUGAAUUUGUUUGCGUUUCAAACUGAAUUGAAAGCUCGAGUCAUUUGUCGGCAGAAAGAAUUGCAUUUGUGAAGUUAUAAAACGUAUAAACAAUAAUAUCGUUGCUCAUUUAAAUCACUCGGUGUCUGUUUCCGUGUCGAUUCCUCCACAAUGAAUUACUCCGACUACGACUCUGAUGGAUAUUCUUCAAAUGAAGAUGCGGACUACAUCCCUUCAGAUGAUAAUCUGAGUGAGGAUGACAUGAAUGAGUGUGAACAGGAAGACCCUCUGCACGAAGGCGACACCGUGCCACAUCCUGACCUCCCAAAAAAGAAAAGAAAAGACAUCAGUAAGAAGAAGAAAGGAGUGCAGAAGUUAAAGGCAGAGGAGAAGGCUGGCAGUCUCACUGAGGAGGCCCAGCUGCCUCAGGAAGCGGGUGAGGACGACGCCAAACAGAAGAAGAAAUCCGAUGACCUCUGGGCGAGUUUCCUGUCGGAUGUCGGCUCGAGACCCAAAGACUCUUCCCCUGCUGCUCCGUCAGGGACCAAACAGGAGACAGAACCUGCUGGCCUGAAAACUGCUCCGACUCCAAACACAAAGGUGUCGGAAACAGCAAAGGUCACCAUCACUAAAGUGUUUGACUUCGCUGGAGAAGAAGUCAGGGUAAAUAAAGAGGUAGCUGCAGACUCCAGAGAAGCUAAGAGCUACCUGAAGAGCCAGAACACCAAGCAGGACAAAGACGAAGACAAAGAGGAGACGUCUCCAAACCAGCCAUCUCCACCUGGUUCCAGUGUUAAGCGUCCUGCAGGCAUGUCCAGCAUCUUGGGCCGGAUCGGUGGGAAGAAACAAAAGAUGAGCACGCUGGAGAAGUCAAAGAUGGACUGGGAUGCUUUUAAAACAGAAGAAGGCAUCACGGAGGAGCUGGCCAUCCACAACAGAGGGAAAGAGGGGUACGUGGAGCGGAAGAACUUCUUAGAGCGUGUCGACCACCGUCAGUUCCAGCUAGAGAAAGAAGUGCGACUGAGCAACAUGAAACGAUGACACUGACUGCAGACGGACACAAACUCCAGAGAAGAACAGAUGUUUGGACUUCAUCUCUUUUUUUUUCUAAUUACAGGGUUGGAGCUCCUCAGUAAUAAGAGCUCAUAUUUGAGUCUGUGGUUUGAGCCUCUUCCAGUGUGGAUAUAUAAAUAUGUUGAGAUUGUAUAUUGGAGAGUUUUUCACUGAUCUUGUGCUACAGUUUUUGUGUGAACCAAUAAGAGUGCAUGUUCUGUUUACAGCAUCAUGAUUUGAUCCUUGAAGUUUCAUAUUAACUUGUCUGAUUAAGUUGGGACCUCACUUCAUACUUUUACACCUUUGCAAAAGUUGUGUUCAUCUUUUUUUUUAGUUUUGCUUUUUUUAUUUACAUCCAUCCCAAAAAAGAAAAUAUAAUUUUCACCUAGUCAAAACUUUACUGCUUUCUCCAGUAAGAUAUAACUUUAAAUAAUCAAAAUCACUUUAAACUUAAUCAUAGUUCUGUAAAUCACAUUCAUAUCUAACUGUUAUUUCUUGUUUUAUCAUAAAUACUGAGUAUGUUUGGAAACAUUUUUACCCAACGAGUUUUUUUAAGGAACUGAGAAAGAACCGGGAAUCGAACAUUAAACAAACUGUUCUGAUUUAUCACAA